UUACUGCUGGUACUCGAUAUACUAUAUAUAGAGAGAUCAGUGCCACUGGUGCAGCACUUCAACACAUCCAACAGCAUCUACAUCCAACAUCACUGCUUCAACACAUUCAGCAAUAUGCUGCCUUUCCUGAAGCUUACUUUACUCACCUUACUUAUUACAGCACCUGGCUUGCUUGUUUCUGGAGAGAAUGUGAUUACCUGCGAUGGUGAUGUCCAUCGCCUCACUUGUGACUAUGGACUGAUAGUGGUGUGGUCUACUCUGUACGGCCGUACGGACAGAAGCAUCUGCAGUACUACACAUCCCCCUCUUCAGGUUACUGAUACUAGCUGUUCCUCGAGUAUUUCCACUAUUGCUGAGAGAUGCAAUGGACUAACAGAGUGUGAGGUAAAUACGGAUUUGCUUGACACCCCUGACCCAUGUGAAGGAACCUACAAAUACUACCAGACCAUUUACAGCUGCUACCCUGUCCAGAAAGCUGUGAUCUGUGAGCACGGCUACAGCACACUGGGAUGUGGUACUGGUGACGGUAUUCUGAUCAUAAAUGCGAACUUCGGGCGUGCUGAUACUACAACCUGUUCAAAUGGAGUCCCCAAUGGUUUGACCAAGAAAAUCAACUGUUAUGCUCCAAACACACUCGCAACUGUGGCAAAACUGUGCAAUGGACAGCAGAGUUGCACUGUGGAAGCUUCAUCCACCGUCUUUACAGAUCCUUGUCCCCACACUGUUAAAUACCUCACUGUGUCCUACAUAUGCAUUAGUCAGGGAGGCUGUAACACGGGAUGUUGAACCAUGAGGUAUACCUAGAGGGACUGCAGCUUUCUCCCCAGCGGCCUCUCUUCAGUCUGAAAAAGACUCAGCUUUAAAUAUGCAACCAGGCACAUGAUAACGUGCUGGAGUCUUGGUGGUGGUAUACUUAAACUUUGCAUGUUAUAUAAUCAACUGAUCUAAUGAUUUUAUUCUUGAAACAUGUAAUCUGUUCCUCCUAAACUAAUCCACUUUUCUAAUGAUUGUGCAAUAAACUUUCCUCUGAGUGCAAGCAUAAAA